AUUUUGCGAGCGACGAGCGAAAUUCGCAUCUCCUUCAUGUGUCUUUUCAGGGUUGCCACCCAGCCGAAACUGUCUUGUGCCUCGUCAGCCCUGGUGACGAUGCCAGACUGUCGCCAGGCAAAAAUGUCCUAAAUUAAGCAAUCGCCUUUUCUACCGCCUAAUUUCACAACGCUUCUAUUGGAAAACUUAAAAAAAAGAUUUGUUAAAAUGUCUGUCAGCAAACUAAAUCCCCGGGAAUCUGGCGAACAUAUUGUUAAGCAUGCCCAGCAUGUGCGUGUUCUUCCAGCUGGUAUUGAAAAACUAACCCAGGAAAUCGUAAAUGGUCUAAAAGAAAGGCGCAUUUCUGUGGAAAACUUUUCGCAGCACGAACUGCAUCCUAACCCGAACUCUAAUCAGGAGGAUAAUUCGGGAGCAGCUGAUUGGGUGUUUGUGCUAGACACCCUUAACUUUUGCUUUUGGACACCCAAUAACUACACCAAAUACAAGGUCGAAGGUUAUACCGGCUACUUUGCUCUAUGUGCAGCUGUUAAGAGAGCAAUCAAAGAAGGUGUGGAUGUGAUCAAUCCCAAAUUCUACUCUAAGAUUGAUCUAGAAACCCUGGAGAACAUUUUCCGUUCUGACGACGGGGAGACCAAGAUUCCGCUGAUCCAAAAGCGCUUAGAGGCGCUUCAUGAAGUGGGAAAAGUUUUAAUCGAGAAGUAUAAUGGCAGUUUUGAGAACCUGAUCAAGGCAGCCGAUAAAUCAGCGGUACGACUGCUGGAACUCAUUGUGGAGGAGUUUGCCUGCUUUCGGGAUGAGGCGGAAUUCGCUGGGAAGCGCGUUUCCAUCCUGAAGCGAGCACAGAUCCUGGUGGGCGAUGUAUGGUCCUGCUACAGAGGCCGACUUGGCUACUUCAAGGAUAUCGAACAGAUAACGAUGUUUGCCGACUACCGCAUUCCCCAGGUGCUGGUCCACUUUGGCAGUCUGGAGUACACCAACGAGCUAAUGGAGUUCCUAAAAUCCGAUACCCUCUUGGAGAACGGCGAUCCCCGGGAGGUGGAGAUACGCGGUGCAUCGAUAUACAUCAUUGAACAGGUCAGGGAUGCUGUGGUGAAGAUACUCCAGGAGCAACACCCCGAGAUCUCGCUGGAUAAUGUUAACUCUAUUGUGAUCGAUCAGUAUCUGUGGGACUACCGGCGCCAGCAUAAUGACGAUUUGGAGCACAUUCCCUUCCACAAGGUGCUGAGCAUAUACUACUAGGCAGGGGAAGAAUACUAAAAUAAAUAAAGACGACGGAUGAGUUUGUUAAA